AACCAUCCAAACUGUUGCGCUGUAACUCCAUGAACAGAGUUGCAUUUAAAAAGAGGAAAUACAAUUUAUUACCUGACCUCAGCUUUUUUUUCAUACGGGGAAGUUUCUGCUUGUGUUACUGGGCAUCAUGUGGUGCAUUUGGACCUUCAGGACCAGGAUUUUAAAUUGACUUCAGAUUGACCGGACAGCAAAGUCCAGAAACUCACAUAACCAGCCACACACGAUGUCUCUGAACUACAGACCCAUCAUUGGUAUUUUAGCCCAGGAAAAUUGGGAGGGUGACCCUCACGCGCAGGGAUCUUCUUAUAUUCAAGCAUCCUUUGUGAAACAUCUGGAGUCAGCUGGUGCCAGAGUUGUGCCAAUCCACAUAAAUCAAACAAAGGAGGAAUAUGUGAAACUCUUCAACUCGAUAAAUGGUUUGUCGCUGCCUGGUGGGAACGUAGACAUGGAGAAGUCCCAGUGUGCAAGAACAACGAAGAUUUUCUAUGACCUUGCGAUAAAAGCGAAUGAUGCUUCAGAUUAUUUUCCGAUCAUUGGAACCUGUCAGGGUUUUCAGCAGCUCACAAUCCUGACCAGCAACAAGAACCUGCUCACACCGACCGACACCAAAGCCGUCGCUUUACCUCUGAUCUUCAGUCCAGGAUCACACAACAGCAGGAUGUUCAAAAGGUUUCCAAAAGAUAUCAUUCAGUCUUUAGCAGAAGAAAACAUGACACCUAAUUUCCAUGCUUUGAGUUUGUCACUACAGAAUUACAACAACAAUGCCAAACUGAAGCAUUUCUAUAGAGUCUUAACCACCAGUUCAGACGGCAAGACGGAGUUUGUUUCUACAAUGGAGGCGUAUUGCUAUCCAUUCUACGGUGUACAGUGGCAUCCAGAGAAAAGUCCAUAUGAGUGGAUUGAGAAACCCGGUAUGGUUCACACGCUCUCGGCCAUGAAAGUCUCUUUCUACACCGCACACUUCUUCGUCUCUGAAGCAAUGAAAAGUCAUCAUCGCUUUCCUUCGCAAACUGAAGAAGAGAAAGCUCUUAUUUACAACUAUCAGCCGGUCUUCAACGGCCUUAAAAGCAUCUUCAUGCAGAAUUACUACUUUGAAUGAAAAGCGUCAAUACCCACAGUAUUCAUCAUGACCACAAAGUCAGUGGGUUUUAUUAUGUUUUAAAACAAAUAUUUUACCCUCCUAUUUAACAUCAUGUCCUGAUGUUAAAAAUCUGGAUGAUUUAUAUGUGAAAACAGUUGACUACAUGACUAAAUUAAUCUGGUAAUGUUAAGACAGAUGUGCAAACAAUAUCCACCUGUAGUAUAUAUAUAAACAGAAAAGUACAUUUCCUGUGUUACAAUAAACGCCAAUUUACAGUCAUGUUCUGAUGCUUUGUACGUUUUAGGAAAUUCUGAUCAAUUGUCCUGUGGUUAUAAUGAAAUUAAAGUAGCAGCUUAUUUUUAUUAUUUAAAAUAAUGGUCAACUUGGCAUAGAAAACCAAGUCUAGACUGCUAUACUUCAAAUGAUCUAUAGGGGCAGCAAGACUUUAUGGUAUGUUUAAGAAUACCAGUUUAGUUAUUUCCUUCACCAGAGGUUUUUGUAUUAUCAACUAAACAUUUUUGGACAGGUGGAAUUUGUCAAAUAAAUUUACUUUUCAAAUAUGCCCAAUAAAAUAUAUUAUGUGGUUAAAUGGACAUUUACUCAUUUUCCAGCUCCCCUAGUGUGUUAAACAUUUGAUUUUUACCUUUUUUGAAUCCAUUCAGCUUUUUCCGGAUCUGGCGCUAGAACUUUUAGCAUAGCUUAGCACAAUCCAUUGAAUCUGAUUAAAACAUACCAUCGCGCUAAAAAAAUAUAUAUAUUUUUCCUAUUUAAAACUUGACUCUUCUGUAGUUAUACCGUGUACUUACAGACAGAAAAUUAAAAGUUGCGAUUUUUUUUAAAGCAGAUAUAUGGACUAUACUCUCAAACUAGCGUAAUAUGAGCGUAAUUAAUCAAGGACUUUGCUGAUGUAACAUGGCUGAAGCAGGCGUAGUGAUAUUACGCACUGCCCGAAAAUAGUCCCCUGCCAUUGAAAGUUACUAAGGGGAUUAUUUUUUGGCUGCUGCGUAAUAUAAUUCAGUUACCAUCUCCACAUAUUGUUAGUUGUUAAUGUCACCAA